UAAGAUUCAAAUAAAUCUCUCAUUUUCAACUGUUUACGAGUAUUGGGUACUUCUAACUGACAAUGGCUAUCACAAACUUUUCAACAGUUGAGAAUUGUUCAUCACUUGGCAGAGAAAAAGACACUGUGGUUGCAGACUUAGAUGGAACUUUGCUCAGAGGUCGUAGCUCGUUUCCUUAUUUUGCCUUAAUUGCAUUUGAGGCUGGAGGGGUUCUAAGGCUUCUCUUUCUGCUCUUAUGUUCACCACUUGCUGGAAUUUUAUACUACUUUGUCUCUGAGUCUGCUGGCAUCCAAGUACUUAUCUUCGCAACAUUUGCUGGGAUGAAAAUUUCUGAUAUAGAAUCUGUGGCACGGGCUGUGCUGCCUAAAUUCUACUCAACUGACCUCCAUCCUACAUCAUAUCGCGUAUUCUCAGCAUGUGGAAAGCGUUGUGUUCUCACAGCGAAUCCAAGAAUAAUGGUGGAAUCAUUUCUGAAAGGUUUCUUGGAAACUGAUUUAGUUUUGGGAACAGAAAUAGGAACCUACAAGGGCAGAGCAACAGGAUUUGUUCUCAAACCAGGGGUACUUGUCGGGGAGAAUAAAGCCAAUGCUCUUAGAGAAGCUUUCGGGGAGGUUCAACCAGAGAUAGGCCUAGGGGACAGGCAUACUGAUUUUCCUUUCAUGGCAUUGUGCAAGGAGGGUUACAUCGUGCCACCUAAACCAGAGGUUGAGGCCGUAACAAAGGACAAGCUCCCCAAGCCCGUCAUCUUCCACGAUGGUCGUCUGGUGCAAAAACCAACACCUCUCGUAGCACUAAUCACCAUCCUUUGGAUCCCUAUAGGCAUCAUCCUUUCCAUUCUGCGCGUUGCUGCAGGAGCAUUACUUCCCAUGCCAGUCGUAUACUAUGCUUUCUUAGCACUUGGUGUCCGUGUCACCAUCAAGGGCACCCCACCUCCUCCAGUCAAAAAAUCCAAUGACCAAUCAGGAGUCCUUUUUAUCUGCUCCCACAGAACCCUCCUAGACCCAAUCUUCCUCUCAACUGCCCUUGGCCGACCAAUUGCUGCAGUAACAUACUCUGUCUCCAGACUAUCCGAAAUCAUCUCACCAAUCAAAACAGUUAGACUUAGCAGGGACCGCGUCACUGAUGCCUCAAUGAUCAAGAAAAUGUUACAAGAAGGAGACCUGGCUAUAUGCCCCGAGGGAACUACUUGUCGCGAGCCCUUCCUCCUUAGAUUUUCCGCCAUGUUUGCUGAAUUAACAGAUGAACUAGUCCCAGUAGCUAUGGAAAACCGGAUGAGUAUGUUCCAUGGGACAACAGCAAGAGGGUGGAAAGGGAUGGACACGUUUUACUUCUUCAUGAAUCCUAGCCCGGAGUACGUCGUAAAUUUUCUGCAUAAGUUGCCAAAAGAGUUAACAUGCAGCUCAGGAAAGCCAAGCCAUGAAGUAGCAAACUACAUUCAAAGGGUGAUUGCAGCUACUCUAUCCUAUGAGUGCACCACAUUUACAAGAAAAGAUAAAUAUACAGCACUUGCUGGGAAUGAUGGCACUGUGGUAGAUAAAUCAGUCAAGGCCAACAAAGCAAUGGGAUGCUAAUCAAGCAUCUGCUCAGUUUUGUUCCAAGUUUUUGUUCUAGUAAAUUAUAAGGCCAAAAGAUUGGUAUUUAAGCAACUAAUAAACUUUUACCAUGUAAUAUAGGACAUAAUUAGAUAAAACAGAAAGAAAAAAAAAAACCUGCACUAAGUAUACAAAUUAGGCCAACAAAUUACAGAAGUUAUUGUAUACCAUAAGUUUACUAAGAGCAUGUUUGAGACUCAAACCAACACCAAAACUCCGUAAUUUUUCGUGUAAAAACUGUUCCAUCACAACUCUAAUAUAGUAAGAUUUUGUGCCAUAUGAAUAA